AUGCUGAGAAUGAGAGUAUGUGGAUGUGUCAUUGCUCUGUUGUGUUCUUGCUUCGUCCUCCUUGCGGUUGCACAAGUUACACAUCCUUCUGAAGUCAAUGCAUUGAGAGCAGUUAAGAGCAGUUUAAGUGAUCCUCGGAAGCAUCUCAAGAACUGGAACAAUGGGGAUCCUUGUAAAUCUAAUUGGACUGGAGUUUUUUGUUUUAAUAAUACUGUUGGGGCUGAUGGGUACUUGCACCUUGAGGAACUCCAACUGCAGAACAUGAAUCUCUCAGGAAGUUUAGCACCUGAGCUUGGCCAACUAUCUCACCUUCUAAUAUUAGAUUUCAUGUGGAAUGAAUUAAGUGGCACAUACAGACAAGAAAGUAUGGCCCUUAACUCGCUUCUUAUUGCAGUAUUUUAAACAACACAACACAAGUAGUA